AAAUAAUACUUUGGGAGACAUGCCUUUCGUAUAAAAGGACAUCCAAUCUCGUUAAUGUCAUCAGUUGUACAACAACCCAAACACGUGAUUCAACAUGAAGAUCUUACUCAUUCUCGCUGUUGCCGUUAUUGCUACGAAUGCCGGUGACUAUCCGAAACCAGGUUACCCGACCUAUGGCAAAUAUUACGAUUAUGGACCGAUGCCAUACAAUUUCGCCUGGGCUGUCAAAGAUGACUACUUCCAUAACGAUUACGCCCAUCACGAGUCCAGUGAUGACAAAGGCUACGUUUCUGGUUCUUACCGCACGUUGCUCCCGGACGGCCGCACUCAGACUGUCACCUACAAGGCAAACGAUUAUACGGGUUACGUUGCUGACGUAAAAUACGAUAGAGAAGCCAAAUACCAUGAAUACAAGCCCGCUGCCUAUCGAUACCAAGCUUAUUCUUCUUACCCAAAAUAUCAACCUGCCUACAAACCAGCCUAUCCUUCUCCGGCCUAUCCUGCAAAGUAUUAACACAUGCAUCUUACUUGCAAAUGACUGCUAUAAUUUAAAGUUAAAAAAAGAUUAAAACAAAAGAAUAAAAUUUUUUUAAAAUUGAA